GUGAAUUGGACAAUUCUUCCCGCCAGCUUCUUUUGGAAGCUUAAUCCUUAUCCAUCGUGUCUCUGUAUCAUAUUUUAUGCCAGGGGCAGGCUUUUUUUCGUUUAUCUAGACACGGCAAAGAGAGCUAGGGUUUUGACCCUUCUUAUGGCCAUGGACAACGGGCCUUUGGGAGACGACAGCGCUGGCUAGGUUUUCUACCGUAGCCUGGCUGGAUUCCGACGGAUGUGAGCAGAGGGCCUUCGGAAAAAUUUUGCUGCUCCAAAUUGUUGCUUCAACGCUCCUUUUAUUGGAAGUCGGAAGAUGCCUGCGAUGAGGAAGUCAAAGACCUCAACCAGCAUCAAACAUCGCAUCCAGUAUUCAUUAUUUUAAUAAAUUUGGUUAUAAAGAUUGACCCGAUCCCUGUACUCCCCCUACUGAUUCAGAAACUCAUGUUUAUCUAUGGGAUGAGAAGCUACCUACUCUGGCUAUGGAUGCGGAAUCAUAGAGGUGCUUGCUCAGCCACAACUCCAUAAGAAUAGAAUCAAGAAAAAAAAUAGAUUUUGGAAGCUAGGAUGGAAGUUAAAUUGGAGGCCAGCUUACUCUUAUUUCACUGAAGAGUGUUUCCUUGAUCAAACAAUAUAUUGUUGCAUUCACUUCAUCAAAGAUCAUGAUCAGCUCUAGAAUUAACAUUCAACAGAUCUAGGAUGCCGUCAAUCGGGGAUUAGGGCGUUAUCAUACUGAAAUUGAAUUGAGGAGGAGACAUGAUGACGAGGAGCAGUGCAGCGAAGAAAAUUGCGAACAGAGAACUGGUAGAUGACGAUGAUGAUUUCGUUGACAAGAUUCCAAUAAUAAAGACCAUGAAUUUAGUGAAGACAACCUCAGGGAGAGUGUACAAAAGGUUGUGUAAUGAAGAGGUUUUGGUCGGGAAGGCAACGCUUAAGAGGAGUGGAGAUGUAGAUAGAAUUAAGUUUCACAUUGGAGACAGAAUUGUGGAGUUUAAGAAAUCUGAUUUUGCAUUGAUUACGGGGUUGAAGUUUGGAAAGGAGGCUGAGUAUGGGGAUACUGACCUGGAAAAAGCAAACGACAUAAGUUCAAGGUAUUUCAAUGGGAAAAUGAGCGUGACCCGUAUACAAGUGGAGAAUGUGUUCAACAGUAUCAAGAACAGCAGAGGUAGAGAACGGUUGGAUGCUGUUAAAUUGGCUUUACUGAACUUCCUUGUGAAUUAUGUGGUGGGUAACCAGGGUUUGACAAAAAUCCCAGCGCUGUACAUGCAUCUUGUUAAUGACCUGAGACGUUUCAAUGGAUUUCAGUGGGGAGAGCAUUUGUGGAAUGACAUGGUGGAAAGCUUACGAAAGUGUUCGUCAAUUCUCAACACGGGAGAACAUUGCCAUUUUACAUUUCCAGGCUUCUUAUUCCCACUGCAGAUUUGGGCGUUUGAGACAUUCCCUUCUUUGCGUGAGAAUGGAAUAUGCAUUGUGGGUCAGAAGAGGAGUAGUUUGUGGCUUAGGGCAUUACGCUGGGAGACAGGCAAGCGCCCGAUGCAUGACCUGCUGGAGGGGUCAAUUUUUGGCAUAGAAAAGGAAAGUGUUCAAUGGACAAAGAUGGCAGCUACGACAGAGGAGAAAGGGAAACCAAAGAUUGCAAUGUUAUUCACGGCGGGGGAUGCAAAUAAAGCUAAGAUUAACGAUGGUGGAGGAGAGCACGUUGAUGAAGGGUAUGGGGCUGGUCGUAGAAAACUUAAAGGCAAGUUACAUUGGGGAAAUGUGAACUCUACAAACGAGGAGGAGAUAAAUGUGCAGCCGAAGGGGAAGGGAAAGGUUGUGAUCCACAAGAAGACAAAAGGGCAGAAGACAGAGAAGAAAACAGACGGGUCACUCGGAGGUGCUUCAGGAGGUGCACCACAAGGGAGACAAAGUGAUUUGGGAGAAGCACAGGAGAUUGAACCAUCAUUGCGAGAUAUAAUGACGGCAAUAGUGGUUAUGGAAAAGAGGAACAUGAAGAUGCGCACAGAAGUUACAAAGCUGCGGAUAGCUUUAAAUGCCCAGAUCCGUGUCCUUAAUAGGUUUAUAACAAUGAACAGGAUGGAGAAGAAAGAUGACACCGAACCUGAUGUUGAUGAUGACGUUUGGGACGAGGGUAUUAAUGUUGAUGCUGAGAUAGGCACCCAACCCGGGAAAUGUCCUGAGAGGAAUGUAGAGAAUGAGGAGUGCGGAAAAGGGACGACGCACAUGGUGGAAGACGACAUGCUCAACUGUGAUGUGGGCACAGGCAUAGGUGUUGAGGAAGUGCUGCGUACUGGCGUGGACGAAACCAAAGCAGCAUCUCCAGUGAAUGGGGACAUGUCAGCUAUGAAUAUGAGUGGUCAUGGAAAUGAAAUUAAGGAAGAUGUUGCAGGGUUCACUGACAAGUUCGAGAGAGUAUCACAAGUUGUAGAGGCUGUGCAGGAUUUACCAACGGGAUGUAUUUUUUUCACACAACCCGGGGAGAGCCCGGUUCAGAUUGAAAAGAAUUCAACUGAGAGGAAUGUAGACAGAAAUUCAGCAGAGGGGGUUAUAAAUGAUUCAACUGAUGAGGUGUAUGAAGCACCGAUUGCAAGUAAGACACCACCGGAAUGGAGCGCAAAGCAAAAGAGGCCCUUGAAGUGUCCAGACAGAGCAUCGGGGCGCAAGUACAAGGUGCCGGAUGAUGUGCUUGACCCAGGUUUGUACAAGGUUCACUACGACGAGGAAGACACGCUAACAAAGACCUGGUACUACAACAUAUUUUUCCCCUGGGGAUGGCUUUCGGAUAAGCACCUAGAUGUCGUAUUCUACUACCUUAGAAUGAAGGGAGUAGAGUUUGGGAUGGAGCAGCGUUACACAACGACAGACACCCCAUUUCUUGCAUUGAUGAAGACAUUAUGUGGGAGGUCAAGUUGUGGGAUGUUCGUGGUGAAGAUGGCUGAGUUUCUGAUGAUGGGGUGCGAUGUGGGCGAUAUGGAUGAUCAUAAAAUUGCUGCCUACACGAAGAAGAUGACGGUGGAGUUGUUAGCAUACUCUGCCGUCUAAUGUUAUUGAACUUGUGGUUCUUGAAAAUAAUGCACUAGUUGAUGAUCUGUUUUUUGAUAAUAUACAUGUAGUAUCCAUACUUUUGUUGCUGAAACUAGACAUUCUAAACAUGUGGUCGUAUUUUGUUUAAAUUUCUUGAAGGUAUUUGGCAAGUUAUGGACAUGCAUGGUUUGGAAAUAUUCAGAUUUGGUUUUUUGAAUAAAAGUACUUAGUGUAU